CCAGCGGACCAAUCAGGGGGCGUGUAGCGGGUCACGUGAGGCGAAGUUGACCUACGUGAUCAGCAACCUUCGAUGUUGGCCGUGUCCAGAAUGGCGGAAAUCUCGGCCUUUCGCGCUUCUUUCCCCGCCCUGUCGUGAUACAGCCGCGCCAGAGGAUGCCGAGAGCCCGGAAGAAUGCAGAACUAGAGGCUCGGCAGGACUUGCGAGGAGCCUGGGAGCUAGUCCAAGUCGCCCAGUUCCUCAGGCUGUUCAGACAAAAGCUUGGGUUUGCUGACAUCAACACACAGCGGCUGGAGGCGGAGCUGCGGCAGCGUGACAGCGCCCCCCUGGCCGACACUCUUGCUCGCCUGCUGCGAUACCUCUUCACACGCACCGAUAUCAGGUUGGGCAGUUGGGAGGCUGAUGUGAAGAGAGUUCUGACGGAGACUGGCAGCCAAUGGAAACCCUUCGCUUCUGGCGCAUCAUACGCAGACAUGGACCCCUACCAACGGCUGGUGUUCCUGAAGGGCGUUGCGGACCACGUGUUCGAGCAGAAGGUGGACGAGUUGUCAGAGUAUCUGGACGAGACGUACGACCCUGAAGACAUGAGAGCCGUUCCUAUUGGCCAGGACAGUCUGAAGAACACCUACUGGUACUUCGAUGACUUGCGGCUGUACAAAGAGACAGUCGGAAGGAAGGGGGAGAAGUGGGAGUGUGUCUGCAGCAAUCUUAAGGAGUGGACCUCCUUCGUCAAGAAGUUCCGCAAGUCGUCCCACCCCCAGGAGAAGGAGCUCUACGAGUUUCUGCAUGGCCAGCUACUGCCGCUUAUCCUGGGGCCACUUCAGACACUGGAGGGACUGUCUCAGGACGCUGACAGAAGGAGGUUUGAGACAGCCGAGUUCUUGAGGAGGGAAGAGCAGGAGGUGAACCAAGUCAUCCACCCUGCCAGACAUGAUGGUAACAACAUUACCAGACACCGAGGGCCCCUGACGGUUCCCAGCAGUACUGCAACCUCCACUGCCUCAGUAGCCCCACCAGAAAACAUGGCUGACAUCCAUGUAUCUGAAUCGGAGCAGAACUCGGGCCAAGAUGAGCCCCUUCAAAGGGAAGCAGAUGGAACCAGUUCAAACCAGUUCAGACCUGUUCCCACCCAGGAUGGAACAGGCCCCAAACCGGACAGAACCAGUCCCAAACCAGACAGAACUGGUCCCAGCCACAACGUAACCAGCCCCAACCUGAAUACCACCAGUCCCAACCAGGACAAAACCGGUCCAAACCAGUUUAGAACGGGUUCUGGCCAGUCUCAGGAGGACACAGCCAGUUCUGACUGGUCCAGCUCUGACCUGCCGCCGCUCAAACCCUCAGGAAAGAAGAGGAAACGGGAAACGUCGACGGAUUCGCGAGAUAGCAGCGGGACAGGACAAAGUGACACCAGCAAGGGCGACACAAGAACCCCCGAGUUGAUGGGCCCCCCUCUGGCACCACCCCCCUCCAGCCUGCCCCCUGCAGCUGACGCCCCCCCUCUACAGAACCCCCCUGCGAAGAAACAGCAGCAGUAUGCCUACAUCUUCUCCACGGAGCUGGCAAACAAGGCUGCAGAGGCGGUACUGCAGGGACGUGUGCAGUCCAUCGUGGCGUUCCACAUCGAGCACGUGACUCGGGCGCGACUCAGCCGCAUGCGCCACAGCGAACAGGUGCAGUCCGGUAACCCAUGGCAACAGAUGCAGGCCAGCCAGAUGGGUUAUGGUUCAGACUUGGCACUGAACCCAUCAGCGGGCCCGGGAGGAGCGCCGCCCCAACAGCUACCCUCCAAACCACCCCCACCAUACCCGGGCAGCGCCUCCCUAGAGGCAGGGGGGACGGAGGGCCUGACACCGGAGCAGCUUCGCCAUCGCCAGGAGCGGCUGAUGACCAUCCAGCGCAUGCACAAGCUGCUGUUCCCUGAACAGGCGCAGACGGCGCCCCCUAGUGACUCCCUAGCAGCACAGCAGCAGCUGGACCUGGCCAGCCUACAGGGGCAGCCCCUGGGGCGGGGGAUGCCGGGCGGCCCACCACGACCCGUGGGCCCCGGGGGACUCAACAUGCAGCAGCAGCCCAGCCCGGGCAACCUACCUCCCAAUCAGAUGAUGUCACCGCACGGAAUGAUGACAUCACAAGCAAACAUGAUGACAUCACAGGGUUGGACCGACCCUUCCCAGAGUGCAGCAGCUCACAAGGUGGCCAUGAUGGGGCUGGGGUCGCCGGGGUCAGAGGGCAUGGGUUCGCCGGGUCAGCUGGGCGAUGAUCAGAUGUCGGCUGCGCAGAUCGAGUGGCGACGGCUGGAGGAGAGUUUCUACCGCGAGAAACGGAAACGGAUGCUGGAGCAGCAGAUGAUGCGUGGAGGGCCGUAUGGGGGACAGAGGUACCCUGGUCCGCAACAGUUCUUACCUCAGGACUAUGAUGGCCCCCCAGACUCCCAGGGGGCCUUGCAGACUAUGCAGCCGCCACCACCGUACCAGGACCUGGCGCGGUUAAACCGACAGCAAACUGGCUUCUCUACCUCAUUCAGUGAGCCCUACACACUGCUGCAGUCACAGCCACAGGGGGCGCCGCAGGACAGACAUCCAAUGCUGCAGUCUCAGCCACAGCCACAGGGGGCGCCCCAGGAAAGACAUCCAAUGCUGCAGUCCCAGCCACAGCCACAGGGGGCGCCCCAGGACAGAAAUCCUCUUCUGCAGCCCCAGCCACAGGGGGCACCCCAGGACAGACAUCCAAUGCUGCAGUCCCAACCACAGCCACAGGGGGCGCCACUGGACGGCACCUCCCCCAACUUCAGUAUUAGCCAACAGCUUCAGGAAAGGGCGCGGCUAUCGGCCCAGCGGGAACAGCUUCCGCAGUAUGCAGGUGGGCAGCCAGCCAGACACCCAGCCCGACCACCAUUUAGACACCCAACAGGACACCCAGCUGCACACCCAGGCGGACACCCACAACGCUUCAUGUACCCCAUGCAGGACCGCCCUCGCCCCCAGGUCUCCCCAUCACAACAAUCUGCCAUGCAGAGAUUGAUGAUGUCACAGCAGAGUCUGAUGAUGUCACAGCAGGGACCGAUGACAUCACCAGGUAUGAUGUCACCGGAUGGGUCGGAUGGAGGGCUGCUGAUGGAGUUCCCGCGGCAACGACACCAACCUGGCAGCGAUAUGAUGUCACCCAACUCUGCAGCCAGCCCACAGGGUCAGAUGCCACUGGGGGUCAAGGGGCAGAGUUCAGGGGGAAGUGAAGGCACCCCCCCAGAUAACGGUCGGUCCAGCCAGCAGUCAAACCAGCCUGAAACCAGCCUGCCCUCGAACUCACAACCCAACUCCAGACAGCCUAGCCAGAUGCCCAACCAGCCCACAACCAGCCACCUUCCCAAUGAGCCCACAACCGGCCAACAGCAAUUGUCUACAACAACGCAACCUUCUUCCAACCAGUCUACCACUGCCCAACCCUCAGUGAACCAGCCCUCUACCAGCCAGCAGCUGUCCAACCAGACAGUAUCCAGUCCAGCCGUUACCAGCCAGCCGCCGACCUUUGCCCCCAGCUCCCUGCAACAGCUGGAGCAGCACUUUUCCAAGAGGUUCAUGCCGGGCUUCGACGAGGCGCCGUUCAGUAAAACCACCGCCAUUAGCACCACUAACGCCAUGACCUCCGGCUCCACCACUGUUACCAUGACAACCGCCGCGGUGUCCAGUCGAACCGGGACCUCGGCUUCGGACGGUUCUGUUGCCAUGGCGCCCAAGUUCAAGGCUCCCCCUCCCCCGACUAACGGCGUGAAGCCAUUGGCCAGCGGUGAUAACGACAAUGUCGCGUCUCCACACGCUGCUGCUGAAAACAGAACUGUGUCACCUGCUGGGUCAUCCCCAGCACAGGUCAAAGGACAAGGGUCAGCAGAUUCAAAGCCCAUGUCCCCAGCUGUGAAGUCACCUGCAGUUCCCCAAUCUGCCCAGCAGGGGUCCUCGCCAGCACCGGUGCCCUCCCCCAAACUGAAGCGGCAGCCAUCUCCAGCCCUGGCAAACUCCCCGGCCGUGCAGUCUUUACGCUCCCCCGCGCCGGGCUCGCCAUUCGCUCAGCCGCUUAAGUCGCCCAUGGAGAAAAAGUCGCCAAAGAUUCCACCGCCAUUGAAGUCACCCUCAGAGGUCAAAUCUCCCAUGAUGCCACAGAGGCAGUCGCCAGGACUGAGGUCACCCACAAUGCCUCAGGAAGCAGGCAGUGGUGUUCCGAGCUCUCCUGCUGUGCCCAUCAAAUCCCCCGCUGUCCUCAAGUCUCCCAGCAUGCCUAGCAAUUCUCCCAUGAUGCAGCAGGUCAAGUCGCCCAUGAGGCGGCAGGAGAGUUCCCCAGUGGUUACCAUGGUGAGGCAAGAAAUCCCCAAAACCAUGUUGCCGGAGAGGUCACAGGUCAUCCCCACAACAAUGCGACCUUUGUUGCCAAGGCAACCACAGCAACUGGACACCAUGAGUCAAGGUCAGAGGCUGGCAAUGAUGGCUGGUCAAAGUGCAAUGUUAGGUCAAAGUUCAAUGGGACCACAGAUGUCAGUGGCCUCGUCAGGACAGUUCAGCCAUCAGAUGGGCGGUUUCCCCCGGCAACCAUCACCAGGGCAACGCCAUAUGAUGGGCCGUGCAGCGCAGUACCUGGCCCGUCCGCCAGGUGGCGACCUGGAGAACCAGUCGAGAGGGAACAUUAUGUACUCCCAGUCACAACUGGUUCAGAUGCAGGCACGCUAUAUGGCUGGGCUGAGGCAAGACACCCCCUCACCAGCAAUGGUACCUCCCGGAAUGAGACAGGACACCCCCGCUGCAGCAAUGGUGUCAUCCCAGCCCAGGCCCACCUUUGAACCCCAGACACCUGUGGAAAUUGGACCAAACACGGAGUUCGCCCUGGCUUUCCAGAAACGGGGGCCCCCCUCCCCACCACAGAACAGGUUUCCCAGCCCACAGCACUCCCAGCCCCCACACCCUGGGGAUCCAAGAUACUCCCACCCUGGGGACAUGCAAUUCAGCGAGCCUCAACAAGUAAUGGAUGCAAGAUAUCCUCACCCCGGGGACAGCAGGUUCCCCCACCCUGGGGAGAGAUUUCCCCAACCUGGGGAAAAUAGGAUCCCCCACCCAGGGGACAGCAGGUUUCCCCACCCUGGAGACAGCAGGUUCCCCCACCCAGCAGAAAGGUUCCCCCACCCUAGGGAGGAAAGGUUUUCCCACCCAGGGGACAACAGAUUUCCCCACCCUGGGGAUAACCGGUUUCCACAUCCUGGGGUCAGCAGGUUCCCCCAGCAAGGCAACCAGAGAUACCCCCACCCUGGGGAGAGAUAUCCCCACCCUCACCCCUCCUUAGACAGUAGGUUUCCCCACCCAGGGGAAGGCAGGUAUGGGGAGGAGAGGUACCUGGCCCAGGCGGCCGGGGAUAGCCGGUUUGUGGCACAGCGGAUGGCAGGGAUGCUGCAGGACGGUCUGGAGGAGGCGAGCUUGAUGGACAGGUCAGUAGCACUACAGAACCUGCAGAACAUGCUCGGUCCACCGCGAUCCAUGGCAGAGUCACUUAGCAACAACAUGGAGGCGUUUCCAGGGCAACGACAAAUGGUGGAAGAGAUGAGAUCGCAAGAGGCAGUGCAAAGCAUGUUGGGAAGGAUGAUGCAGUCCCACAAUGCCAUGGGAAAUGCUGCCAUGCAAAAGUCUGGCAUGCCUGCAGGUCUGUCCCAUGGUGCAAUGCAAGGACCAAGAAUGACCACGCCCUACAGCACAGCAGAUGGGGCCAUGGCAGCAGGUCAAGGGUCGGUGGGAGGUCAAAUGUCAGGAGGUCAAAUGUCGCCAGGGGGUUUGAUGUUCAAAGCGCCGGGGCCGAUGGGGGAUGCUGGGAUGGGCGUUCCCGUACAGGACAUUCAGCAGACUAGGAAGGCACAACGGUUCGUGUUGCCAACGGAAACACCAACCAGAACUCUGCAGUAUUUUCCCGCAGGGAAACCUGCCGAGCGGGCGCCGCACCCGGGCAUGAUGCAGCCCGCUAUGAGUGCCCCGAACCUCUCGGCCAAUCAGGAGCCUCAAAAGAGGAUUUCUUUCUCCGAGGAGAACCUGAUGCAAGCUGGGGUCAGAGCAAUGAACCCUGGGUAUCCUGCAAUGAACCAUGGGUACUCAGGCUACCCUGGACAGUAGGACUGAUCCAUUAAGUGGUUGGGGGGGGGGGGUGCAGGGUGAGAAAUGUUGCCAUAUCCAGUGAAAAUAUAGAGAGCAGGACAUGAGAUAUAUUUGUACAUAUGUGUUUUGCAGGGCAUGAUGGGUGAGAUGGCUCUGCUUAUGACCUGUGACCUUUACAGCCCAGAUGUGUACCUUGUUGUACAUUUUGCAUGUACUCUGGCCGUGGUGUGGCUCUGCAGCCCUUCUUCACUGUCCUGUACUGCCAACUGUGAUGUUGUGAUGUACAGACUUGACCUGACCUGUCAUCUGUAUCUUAGUAUACUUUCCGGGGAGCACACUUCACAGGAACACACUUUCUAGAAGAAACACUCAAAACAUACACUACCAAACUUACCAAAUUCAAAACAUUUUUCUAUAUCACAUUUUGUUGGAGAGUGAAUUGAAAUGAAAAACACGUAGAAAAUUUGUAGGAAAACUGCUCAUUAAGGAAAAAACCUGGUCUGAAAAGGAUUCAGAUUACACUUGUAAAGUGAUUGGUCAGGUCAGGUCGGGCUAUGAAUUUGACACAUUUGAUUUUUGGCCUCCUGAAGAUGCAGCUGAAUUCGGAAUUUUCCAGCCACCAGACCUUUUGUAGCAAUGUGAGGGUCCAGUUGAUUCAUAAGUGGGACCGUUUUUGGCGAUGCCACGGGGGCGGAGCCCUUUUGUUGUACGGGUGGUUUUGUUUAAGGUGCCUUUGUACUGACGUUUCAGGCCUCUACGAGGUCCUAUCAACUGUGCCAUAUAUGGAUUGGGAGGGGUAGGUUUGUGGGUAUAUUGUAUGAUGGAAUAUACAUGUAUGUAUCAUUGCCAAAUUCUACUGUAUUCAAUGAGGGGAAAAUCUGUACACUGCCAUAUAAGGGAGCUGUUUGGAGAAGUGAUUAUCAGCAUUUUUAAACCAGUUGGUUCAGUUGUUUCUUUUUUAUUCUUUUUGUUUUGAUCAGUGCCACCAACAUGAUUAAGUCAUGCAAAUUUAUUCCAUGGUUCAUUUUAGAAUAAAAAGUUGCCAAGAGGAAUAAAAGAGCUGGGGGGAAAACUUGCAGCCAACUAGAUUCACCGUACACUCUACCAGUACUGCUGCUUGCUUGUUUUCCCAUGUGAUUUGGUCAUUUGGGAGCCACUGUAGACGCAUGUUUGGGCCACCAUAGGCACAUAUUUGGGCUACCAUAAAUGCAUUUUGGGUCUCUGGCUACAUUUCAAGGUAACCUUAGACAUGUUUUUGGUGCAAAAAAAUUCUUCUACCCUUCUUUACUCCAUCAGUGUUAUUGUCAAGGUCAAAAUUUCGCACAAUGUUUUUUGAAGGUCAGCUGGACAUUCAUAGAUUUUGGGGGUGUUCAAUUGAGGGGGGGUGCUGUCAGUAGCAGACAGGCUAAUUUUCAGUAACUGCAGAUCCCCUUCUGUGGAUUACAUUGAUCAGUGCACCACUUACAUCCAGUCACUGCAUAGUUCCUUCUUUUGUAACUUUGAUCAUAUGGAGUGAAACCAUGAGGGGGGGGGGGGGGCUUUCUUGACAGCAGGGACAAGGGUAGGGAGGUCUAUGCAAUACUUGUGGGUAUCACACCAGAGUGGGCUCACAGCUGAGGGUGUCACACCAGUGUGGGCUCAAUGUUGAGGGUAUCACACCAGUGUGGGCUCACAGCUGAGGGUAUCACACCUGUGGCCUCACAGCUAAGGGUAUCACACCAUAGUUGGCUCGCAGCUGAACGUUUCACACCAUUGUGCAUUCACAGCUGACGGUAUCACACCAUUGUUCUGCAUUGGGGCAGAUAUUUUCUAUUUUUGUCACUUUCUUGAGUUGUAAAUGUUCAUUUUAUCUUUUGUGGUACAGGAGAUGAUUAUGUACAGCGGGGUGGGGGACAGGAAGUUCCCCUAACUAGUACUAAAGUCUGUAGGUCAUGUGUAGGUCUGUAUGUAGAGCUAGCGGAAAAUCUGCAAUAUAUGAUAGGGAACAAGUUGUGUUACAUACAAACUGUUUUCAUGUUGAAAAUGUUCUUGUUUAAAUCCUGUAUAACUUUUGAGAGAAAUACAACAUAUCUUGGAGGAAAUAUGCUCAACUUCAGCAAUAAAAACUCUUUAUAUCACUUCA